AUGGUCAAGCUCUCGCUCUGGGACAAGGAAAAAUCCCCUGCCGAAGGCACUUCUUUCACACCCACUUUCUCCUCCUCUAGUAAACGCCCUAGGACCGCGCCUGCCGCCCCAUCCUCGUCCUCUCUCCCGUCCCUCCUUCGUCUAGGAUCAGAUGCUCCUCCACAGCCAGAACUCCCUCCGAUCAUAACCCUCAAGCUGUCCUCACCGUCCUUUCUCGAUUCGGUCGUGCACGAUGGCCUUUCCGACAACCCUUUGUAUGUCAUGGAGACCCAGGACAACACAACAAAGGUCCGACGCUCUGACCCAAAAGGCUUUAUUAACGUCGCCCGCGUCCGAUGGCGGCAGGACGCAAAAUCAUCCAGAAAGAGCAGGGAAUUGGUUGGUAUACAGGUCGCCUUUGGAAAAGGUCAAUGGAAGCCUGCAGAAGAGUUCCUCGGCUACUCGUAUGGUUCCCUACUAAACUAUCGCAAGUUCUAUCUCCCCCACCACCCCCACAGCAUGCGAUGGAGACGAAUCCGGUCCAUAUAUUACUGCACGACUGCGAACGUAAAAGGUCCAGUAGCGAUCCUCGAGCCAGCUAUUCUCACGGCCCCUCCUCAGCUGAAGGUCUUCGACCCCCUCCACCAGCCCGAUGCUACGCGUCCUCAAAGGACCCACGGCGGGGUACCCCUCAGCCUCCUUGACUUUCUCCUAGUAACAGCCAUGCUUCUCACCACAGACUCGGACGAGUGGACAAACGUCACACGCGCGCCGCCCAACACCAGUAGAGACCCCCCCGAGGAGCAAGCCGGCCCGAGCCGCCCGUCACGAUACUCGCAAGGCUCCAGCCUCUCGCUCUCCUCCGCCGGCGCGCCCUCGACGCUGAUCGUCCCCAACACGUCCCCCGAGUCUGCAAAAGCGCCCGCGAUCGAGCGUUGGCGGCAUACCGUCCCCCCACUCCGUACAGAGUCGCCGGACAUCCUGCGCCCGGGCAGCCCAAAUAGCCCUGUCCGCACGUCGCGUGCGAGCCAGUCGUCCGAGUCUACAGACCAGCUCUCGACGCCCGCCUCUCCUGGCCCCAUGCGCCCAUUCUCGCUCCACUCGCCUUCAUCCUCGAUGUCCCAACGCCAGCGAUACUCGUCCCAGCCUUCGAGUUCAGGUCCGCUUUCCACGCGCGAGCUCCCCGUUCCACCGAUCCCUGUAGGCACGCAACCGCGGCCGGACCAACCCUGGCUCGCGGGCAGCGAGUCGCCAGGACCCACGUCGGCGCCGACGUCAUAUCCCUACGCGUCGAUGCACGGGCAGUCAAUACGCGUCUCUUCCUCUUCAUCCUCACUGCACAUGGUCGGGCGCUCGCUCCCAAUAGUCCCGAUGCCGACGCCGCCCUCUGCAGCAGAGCCCCCCGCGCAACGUCCGCGACCAACGAAGGCGCCCCCCAACUAUCUUGCGAGCGCACACGACAGUGCCGUGGAGGGCGCCGUGGUUUCCAUGCACGGUCUCACGGUACAGGGCGCGGGAGAGAUCGCGCGAGAUCCACCACCCGCAUACAGCGCGAUUGAUACUCGCACAGCGCCGGCGCCGGCGGUGACAGUGACAACGACAGCGGCACCUCUCACACUCACGGCGCAUCCGCCUCUGAGAGCCGUCAACGGCGAUCCCGAUACCGAGUGAUGCGCGCCGAGACGACUCAGUGCCGCAUGGAUCUCACCUGUCGAUCUACCCAACCUUAAUCGCUUUUCUUUUGUCCUGCAUAUGUUGUGUCUGCGUUCAUUCCUUACCCUUUCACCCGCGGCUAGCGGCCCUGGUUGUGUUUGGAGAACAAUGCGAAUCCCACCCCACCCUAUUACGUCUUCCUCUCUUCGCACCUCUCGUUUUUUUGACUCUACCGAAUAUCGUAUCGCCUCUGUUGGAUCGACUCAUUCUGCCUGGCCCUCGUUGUCCCCUUCUCCCUUAGCGCCAUAUAUCCCACCUCUGCGUAUGCCCCUCGUUCUCGACCAAAUGCUACAGUUCUGUGUAAUCCCUGUCACCCUCAUUUCCGCACAUGUGUUCCGUCGUUCCUGUCUCUCCUCCUCCUUGCUGCUUCUCUCUCUCAGUGUUCCCACUUUACUUAGCUGCUCUGCAUCGUAAAUAAUCCACCUGCACAGAUAUGCUGCUUUACAGCUUACUCGUUCGCCUAUUUCCAUCGUGUCUGCUCGUCGAAUGUCCCGCGCUUUAUUCCCGCUCGCUCUGAUUCGCCUCUCGGUCCCCCCUUACGCGACCUCCACUUCUCCCUUUGAUCCCCUUACGCACUGAUUCAGAAACCAACACGAUACUGUACUCCUCGUCGCGCGGGCGACUGUAGAUAUAGCCCCACUUUUUUUUUCCUUUUUCCAUCCUUCUUUUUCUUUGUUACCUUGUCACACGAAAAGAGGAAUGUACACCUUCGCUGGAUUUCGAAAAUAACGAACGGAUUUGAUGCCACG